AACAACAAAAACACAGAAAGAGAGAGUCAAAAUAGGUCCACCUUGUCCUUUGUCGAAUCCCGACCCUUAAGAAAAUCACAAUUAGGGUUUCUCCUGGUGCCUAAAUCCUAAUCCCAUCUCCUCUCUCUCUCUCUGUGCUCUGUCUCAAAUUCCGACCCAAUACGACAGUCGUGAAGAAAUGGAUCUAGAGGUGGUGGGCCGCCACGCUCUGUUCUUCGACGACGACGCCAGCGCCUCGUUCGUGAACUCACGCGACGCCCUCGUCGAGUGGAACUCGCUCUUCAUCGACCGCUACGAUGUUCGCCACCUCCUCUCCGGCCCUCUACCCCCUAUCACGCGCCGACGACAUCUCACGCGUUCAUCCUCCUCGCCGCCGCCUCAACCUGAUGCCGCUCUCGAGUUCGAGCUCGAUCAGGAGCGGUACCUCGAUUUACCGUCACCGUCUGAAGAACCAGAACAAGAUACAGGUAAUGAUCCAGAACAGGCAGAUGCUGGUGGCUAUCAUACUGUUGGCUUCUCAUAUGGAAACCCAGAUGAGUUCACUGAGCAGAAGAAUAAUGAUACUGAGCCUGUUUUUCAACCAGCCUUUCCAGUGCCGGAAAGCUUAAUUCAAAACCUUCCUCCAACAGAAAAGUUACAUCAGAUCAUUUCAAGAACUGCUACAUUCGUCUCCAAGCAUGGUGGGCAAUCAGAAAUUAUUUUGAGGGUGAAACAAGGAGACAAUCCUACGUUUGGGUUCUUGAUGCCUGACCAUCAUCUUCAUGCCUACUUUAGGUUUCUUGUCGAUCACCAAGAACUCCUGGAGUAUGAUACUGAUGGAAAAUCUCUAGAUGAAGAGAAGAAAGCUGAUGGUGGGAUUGACCAGACAGGUGGCGCAUUGUCUUUGCUUGGUUCUGUAUAUGGGUCUGGAGAGGAUGAGGAUGGUAUAAUUGAGGAUGCACCUGAAUUGGGAAAGCUCAAGUCCGUCGAAGCUGUUAAUGCUGUUAGUGCAUCUGUUCCUCAUGGAUCAGAACAGAUAGAAUCUUCUGGAAAUAUAGCUGGGAAAAAUGAUAUUGUUUCCAAGAGUCCAUGUAUUCCUUUGAAAGAAAAAGUUAAUGUCAUUAAACAUAAUCGCACGGUUAGCACAGUUAAAGGUGGAGCUAUUAGUGGGACGAAGAAAGGAAGUGAUGCCUCAGGAUUGGUUUCCACUGCUGCCAAUAAGUCACAUGCUCCUGCUAUGCCUAGCACACCCAAGGUUGAACUACCCAUUUUGGAGCCACCGCCUGAUCAAAAGAAAGUGGUUGAGAAAAUAGUUGAGUUCAUAUUGAAAAACGGUAGAGAAUUUGAAGCUGUUUUGAUUGAACAGAAUUGUAAACAUGGAAGGUUUCUGUUCCUUAUGCCAUCCAACCAGUAUCAUUCUUACUAUUUAACAGUUCUUCAAAAAGCUCAGGAGUCCAAGUUACCUGGCAAAGGAUUGGUUUCUGAGAAGCAUGAGUCAGUCGGGCAUGUAGUGGACAAGAAAACUGCUAAGGAAGGUGAUACCGCCUCAUCAGGAUCUGCUGGUCAUGAUCUACCUUUUGAUUAUGACAGGAAAGAGAAAUUUAAGAUGGUAAUUAGCAAGUUAAAGAAGGAUGGACAUGAUCCGCCUUCUAAAGCUAGCGAACCUCAGUCUGGAGUCAGUCUGGAUACAGCUGCAGCUAUUCUUCAGGCAGCCACAAGAGGCAUCAAGAAUCCGGGUCUAGAGAUAUUCCCAAAGUCAUCGAGUGGUAUAGGUCAAGGCCAUAGCAAUGAGGGUGGGCGAGAUUUGAGCUCGGGGAGUCUACAUACAUCUCAACUUCAAACUUCCGUUCAAAAGGAAAAUUUUUCUGGGGAGCCUCACAUUCCCGUCCCUGUUGCCAAGGCUAUUGCAGAGACGGCUGCACUUGCAGCCGCAAAUGAGGCUGAUUCCUCUGAAGCAUCCUUGACCAGAGAGCAGAAACUGAAGGCUGAGAGAUUGAAACGAGCAAAGAUGUUUGCAGCCAUGAUAAAAAGUGGAUCUGCACCAUUGAAAAGUGAAUCAUUGCGUGGCUUAUCGGCUGAACCACCAGAAUCUGGGAUUUCCUCUUCAGGUAAUGAGGUUGUAAAUCUUUCAGCCAAAGAAAGAGAAGGCAGUUCAGUUCCAUUAGAAGCUGAUAUUUCAGAUAAGGUUGAGGAGUUUGAGAAGAAGCAUUCUGUUGAUGAUUGUAACGAGCGGCGAUCAAAGAGGAGCUACCGUGCCAGAUCUAAAAGGCAUGAAGGAGAAGAAGAAAGUGACAAUGAUUUAGAACAAGAGGCAGAGGAAGAAGAAGAUAAAAGGGGUCACAAACACUCAAGGAAGAAGCGUCGGUCUCAUCAUUCUUCAGAACAUAGUAGGGAUAGGCAUAAACACAGAAGGCAUUCCUCUUCUAAGGAUGGAGAUUCUCGGCGCCAUCGUAAGCAUGACAGUUAUGAUGAUGAGAAGCAUCGGCACACGCGGAGGAGGCAUAAGAGAAAUACCUCUGAUGAUGAACAUCAGCCUCGAAAAAGGAAUAGGCAUGAGAGUUCCUCUGAUGAUGAGCAUCGGAUUUCCCGACGAAGGUAUAAGCAUAGUGACUCUUCUGAUGAUGAGCACCAGCAUUAUAGGCGGCGGCAUAAGCACGAUAACUCCUCCGAGGAUGAGCAUCUGCACCGCAGCAGAUCGGGAAAGCAUAGGAAACCCGAGCCUGAAAAAGAAGCGGAUUUAGAAGAAGGGGAGAUCUAUACAAAGGUAGAUCAAUCAAAAGCUAGUGAGGGUGAUCAUGCUAAUAGGGAAGCUUUUGUGGAUUUUUCGAAGUCGCAUCAAAUUGGAAGAGCUCCAUCCCAGCCCUCUCAAGCUACUGAGGUCUCGGAUGAUCUCAGAGCCAAAAUCCGUGCCAUGUUGAUGGCAACCUUGUGAGAAAGGCACGAUUGUAGGUUUCAUUUGUUGUAAGUUGUAAAAACAGUUCAAACAAUUUGUCUUGAUUUUAUCUAUAACCCGAAUAUCAUUAUUCUGAGUUCGAACUGCAGACUGCUGCCUAUCAAGUCCUAUCCUAGGCCCUGCUCAGGACACUUGUAUCUUCAAGCUUUUCAAUUUACAGAAAUCCCAAAAAUUAACAUAUAUGUAGAACGGAUCAAUUGCAUAA